CCUCAUUCAGAACUGGGAGCAAACAUGGAAUUAGUGCAGAGUGCACGCUGAGCCUUCGUAAUCAACACUAAAGUACAGGCUGAUGGACACCCAAAAUCAGACCUCCUUUGCAGGGACUGGACCACUUUACAGGCUGGCUCAAAUGAUGCACUCCGGUUCGAAUAGAAGCAGACCUGCAGAGUUCAGUAUGACCUUCUGUAAAACAAAGAACAGUCACUUUCAGCGGCCUUUGGCUGAACAGAAUUUGAAUAACUGCAACAACAAUGACGGCAAAAAAGACAAGAAGGAUGAACCCAAAAAUGAGAAGAAAGAUGAGAAGGCAGAACCUAAGAAAGACGACAAGAAAGAUGACAAGAAAGACGAGAAAAAGGAUGAGAAAAAGGAAGAACCAAAAGAGGUGUGGAUCAUGGACCCUGCCACAGAUUUAUACUACUACUGGUUAUGGACCAUAUCCAUCCCUGUCUUCUACAAUCUCAUUUUGCUGGUAGCCAGGGCUUGCUUUAAUGAGCUGCAGAAUAACAACACAAGAUUGUGGAUCGUGUUGGACUACACUUCGGACGCACUCUACAUUGCAGACAGUUUUGUGAGAGCCAGAACAGGUUUCCUUGAGCAGGGACUGCUCGUACGGGAUGAGAAGAUUCUGAAGGAAAAGUACAUGAAAACCCGCCAGUUUCGACUGGACAUCAUAUCCGUGAUUCCCACUGAUAUUGUAUUCAUCAAAAUUGGACUGAACAAUCCCGAGUGGAGGUUCAAUCGCCUCUUUAGGUUAGCUCGGCUCUUUGAAUUCUUUGACCGAACAGAGACUCGCACCAAUUUCCCAAACAUCUUUCGGAUCGGUAAUCUUGUACUUUACAUCAUCAUCAUCAUCCACUGGAAUGCUUGCAUCUAUUUUGCAAUCUCGAAGGUUCUGGGCUUCGGUUCAGACACGUGGGUCUAUCCAGCAACGAAGAAUGCAGAAUUUCAACGUCUGACCAGGCAGUACAUAUACUGCUUCUAUUGGUCCACACUGACCUUGACCACUAUUGGGGAGACACCACCACCAGUCCGUGAUAUCGAGUACUUCUUUGUUGUGGCCGACUUCCUCACUGGGGUUUUGAUCUUUGCGACAAUUGUAGGCAAUGUUGGUGCCAUGAUAUCCAACAUGGGUACCGCUCGAGUAGAGUUCCAGUCCAAGAUCGACUCCAUCAAGCAGUACAUGCAGUUCCGGAAGGUUUCUAAAGAUCUUGAGGCCCGAGUGGUCAAGUGGUUUGAUUACUUGUGGACUGAGCAGAAAACAUGUGACGAAAAGCAGGUGCUCAAGAACCUUCCGGAUAAGCUCAAGGCUGAGAUCGCCAUCAACGUUCAUCUGGAAACUUUGAGGAAAGUGCGAAUUUUUCAAGAUUGCGAAGCGGGUUUGCUUGUGGAGCUGGUUCUCAAACUUCAACCCCAAGUCUUUAGUCCGGGUGAUUACAUCUGUAAGAAAGGGGACAUCGGGAGGGAAAUGUACAUCAUCAAGGAAGGGAAGUUAGCAGUGGUGGCAGAUGAUGGGGUCACCCAGUUCGUGGUGCUCAGUGAUGGAGCCUACUUUGGAGAAAUCAGCAUUUUGGGCAUUAAAGGAAGUAAGGCGGGAAAUCGAAGAACGGCCAACAUCCGAAGCGUAGGUUACUCCGACCUUUUUGCCUUAUCCAAGGAUGACCUGAUGGAGGCGCUCACAGAGUACCCGGAUGCUAAGAAUGCACUGGAAGACAAGGGACGGGCCAUCCUGAUGAAAGACAACCUCAUUGAUGAGUCGCUUGUCGCAGCUACCGACGCUAAAGACUUUGAAUUAAAAGUGAAUGCUGUCGAGACGAGCCUGGAAGUCAUGGCGCUCAAACUGAAGAAGCUAACGGAGCAUCAUGAAUCAUCCCAGCGCAAGCUCAAACAACGGCUCACUAAUUUGACAAACCAGGUCCGGACCAUCAAAGUUGCUGAUGAAUAGCACAAGCUUAAGGCUACUACUUCCACUGAGCAACUGGUCUUCAGACAGACUGUUGAUUCCAUAAAUGGCUCAGGUUUACUACAAAGGCUAUACAUUCUUAAUGCGCAAGUUCCUGAAAUAAUUGGGAAAAUGUGUAUGUUGGGAGACCUCAUCGUCAUGCUUGUUUUUUAACAUCAUGACACCAAACACAAACUAUGUACUAUCACUUGUCCAGUUUCAAAAAACUGCAUUGCGAACAUUUUGGAACUUGGAUUUCUACAUAUGUUGAUUGCAAAAUGUGAUCUGAUCAAAGCAAUAUUUCAUAUCUACAGGCAGUCCAUAAUGUCUCGUUACAUUUAAAACAAUUCAUUCAAAGGCAGUUGUCGAAAUAGUUUACCGCAAGUCCAGAAUCCUGAGGAUGUACACAAAAGGCAAUAUAAGCCCAGUGAUAAGAAGGAGCCAGAUGGACUUUCAUGGAAAGACAAACCACCGCCGAAUUGUGAAAAAAUGGCCGACAUCAAGAAAACAGAGUGGCUGGAAAAGGCUGGACGGACACGGAGGCACUAAUCAUGGCAACACAA